AUGGGGGUUCCAGCAAGAACAGCAGCAGCAAAAGGUCGUGGUGGAGGAGUGGAUUUGCUGAGUGAAAGAGCAACAAAGAUGAGAGAAGCACUGCAGAAGAGCGAAACAAUCACUGAUAAAAUGGUCUCCAUUUUGGGUUCCUUUGACGACCGACUCUCUGCCCUUGAAAUCGCCAUGCGCCCCACCCAAAUCGGGACACAUGCUAUUCGGAAAGCUCAUGAGAACAUCGAUAAAACUUUGAAGGCUGCUGAAGUCAUAUUGUCUCAAUUUGAUCUUUCUGUUCAGGCUGAAGCUAAAAUACUUAAAGGGCCACAUGAGGACCUAGAAAGUUAUCUUCAAGCAAUUGCGCAACUAAGAAACAACAUUCGAUUUUUUAGUGACAACAAAAGCUUCAAGAGUAGUGAUGGAGUGGUUAACCAUUCAAAUAAUUUACUUGCCAAGGCUAUUUCCAAGCUGGAAGAAGAAUUUAAACAGAUUUUGUCAUCUUACAGCAAACCUGUUGAGCCUGAACGACUUUUUGAGUGCCUUCCCAAUUCUAUGCGACCAUCAUCUGGAUCACCUGGAGAUCAGGCUGAUUCCAGUGGCAAGACUCCAUCAUCCCACAGUCAUUCUGAGCAUCCAAAUAGUGAAGAAAAUUCUGCAUACACAACACCAACUCUUAUUCCACCCAGGAUUCUGCCUUUGUUGCAUGAUUUAGCACUACAGAUGGUUCAGGCUGGUAAUCAGCAGCAGUUACUGAUAAUAUACAGGGAAGCUCGUUCUUCAGUUUUAGAAGAAAGCCUUUGCAAAUUGGGAGUAGAAAAGCUUAGCAAAGAUGAUGUUCAGAAGAUGCAAUGGGAAGUUUUGGAAGCUAAGAUUGGCAAUUGGAUACAUUUUAUGAGGAUUGCUGUCAAGUUGCUGUUUGCUGGAGAACGUAAAGUUUGUGAUCAAAUUUUUGAAGGCUUCAAUCCCCUCAUGGAUCAGUGCUUUGCUGAAGUUACUGCCGGGAGUGUGGCAGUGCUACUGAGCUUUGGAGAUGCAAUUGCCAAAAGCAAAAGAUCCUCUGAAAAGUUAUUUGUGCUUCUCGAUAUGUAUGAAAUAAUGCGAGAAAUUCACUCAGAGAUCGAAGCACUUUUUAGAGGUAAACCCUGCAAUGAAAUCAGAGAAUUGGCCUUGGGUUUGACAAAGAGGCUUGCACAGACGGCAAAAGAGACUUUUAGCGACUUUGAAGAGGCUGUUGAAAAAGAUGCAACAAAAACUGCCGUUGCAGAUGGAACAGUUCAUCCUUUGACAAGCUAUGUGAUUAACUAUGUGAAAUUCCUGUUUGACUAUCAAUCAACAUUGAAGCAACUUUUCUGCGAAUUUGAAAAUGGAGAUGACUCAAAUUCUCAGCUAGCUGCUGUUACAAUGCGUAUAAUGCAGGCUCUUCAAACCAAUUUGGAUGGAAAAUCUAAGCAAUAUAAGGAUCCUUCUUUGACUCAACUGUUUCUCAUGAAUAACAUUCAUUAUAUGGUCAGAUCUGUCCGCAGGUCUGAGGCCAAAGAUUUGUUGGGCGAUGAUUGGGUGCAAAGACAUCGGAGAGUUGUGCAGCAACAUGCAAAUCAAUACAAGAGGAUUGCGUGGACAAAGAUAUCUACUAUAAAGACUACAAAAGUAGGUUUGAUUGACCAUCAUGUUACGGCUUUGUCCGUAAUCCUUGAGGCAUUGGAAUGGCCACUAAUCCAGCAUCUGAAUUUUCCCGAGCAGUUUGGAAUGGCCAGUGCACUGGAAACUCUGUGUGGACAGGCAUAUGGCGCAGAACAAUACCAGCAGGUUGGAACGUUCACUUAUGGUUCCAUUUUGUGCCUCUUCCUGGUGUGUUUACCUGUAUCUCUUCUAUGGAUGCACACGUAUAAGCUAUUAACAUUCAUGGGGCAAGACCCUUUAGUCUCAGCCGAAGCUGGAAUAUUUGCAAUUUGGCUCAUUCCUGCACUAUUUCCCUAUGCAAUUCUCCAAUCUCUGGUCAGGUAUUUGCAGACUCAGAGUUUGAUUCAACCAAUGCUUUUGAGCUCAGUCGCAUCUCUAUUUUUCAACUUGCCUCUUUGUUGGGUUCUUGUGUUCAAGUUUAAGCUAGGGAAUCUUGGAGCUGCACUUUCCAUUGGUUUAUCAUACUGGUUAAAUGUGAUAUUGCUCGGGGUUUAUGUGAAGUACUCUUCAGCCUGUAAAAAGACCCGUGCUCCACUCUCGAAAGACGUUUUCCGAACCAUGGGGCAGUUCAUCCGAUUUGCUAUCCCCUCUGCUAUGAUGAUUUGUCUUGAGUGGUGGUCAUUUGAGAUAAUCAUACUUCUUUCAGGAUUAUUGCCUAAUCCACAACUUGAAAUGUCUGUUUUAUCUAUAUGCAUGACUACUACUUCAUUGCACUAUAACAUACCAUAUUCUUUUGGUGCUGCUGCAAGCACUCGGAUUUCAAAUGAACUAGGAGCUGGGAAACCUCAGGCAGCCCAAAUUGCUCUAUACACGGUGCUGAUUCUGUCAACUGCAGAGUUCGUCAUAGCAAGCACUGCUAUCUUCAUUUAUCGCCACAUAUUGGGCUAUGCAUUUAGCGAUGAAAAAGAAGUCGUGGUUUAUGUAAAAGAAAUGACUCCUUUACUUUGCCUCUCCAUCAUCAUGGACAGUUUACAAGCUAUAUUCUCCGGUGCAGCUAGAGGUAGUGGCUGGCAGAAAAUAGGAGCCUACGUAAAUCUUGGUGCAUAUUAUCUGGUUGGAAUUCCAGUGGCUUUGCUGGUGGGAUUUAUUUACCACUUUAGAGGAAAGGGCCUUUGGAUUGGAUUGGUAGCAGGGGCAACGCUGCAAUCUUUCUUGUUCUCUCUUGUAACAAUUCUCACAGAUUGGGAGAAACAGGCAAUGGAAGCAAGACAAAGGAUAUUUGAGGGAACAACUCCAGCCCAGAUUGAAUUGGUUCCAGAGAAUGAAAUGUUUGGAGGAGACAUGUUUAUUCGUGAUACAUUGAUGUGA